AUGACAACCCGCUACCGUGUCGAGUAUGCUCUCAAGACACACAGAAGAGAUCAAUUUAUUGAAUGGGUCAAAGGUCUUCUAGCUGUCCCCUUUGUCCUCUACUCGCAACCUACAGGCGUCUUUGGAGAUGGACCCAGCGUCACCCAAAUGGCCGAGGAGGCUCACCGUCGUUACGCAGAGAUUAUGCGUGAUGUUGAACUCAUGAUCGAUGACCACAUUAUCCGCCAGCAAGACAACUCCAAAUUUCCGUCCAAGUUACGAAUGCUUAUCCCUACUGCGGGCCCCUUCUUCACCCGCCUCCCCCUUGAAGCAGCUUUCAAGUAUCAAGACAGGAAAAGAUACAUCUCAUCUCGAAGAUUUGUUGCUCCUUCGUUUAACGAUGUCCGGCAAAUUCUCAAUUCAGCUCAAUCUAUGGCUGUAACAAAUGGCUCCCUGCAGCUUGCCACGUUUGAUGGUGAUGUAACGCUCUAUGACGAUGGUUUUAAUCUUGAACCCACGAGCCCUGUGAUCCCUCGUCUUCUGGACCUCCUACGCAAGAAUAUUAAAAUCGGUAUUGUUACAGCUGCUGGGUACACAUCAGCUGAACGCUACUAUGAGCGUCUCCAUGGAUUGCUUGACGCUAUUGCGGAAUCGACUGAUCUGGACCCUAUCCAAAAGCAAAACAUUGUCAUAAUGGGAGGCGAAGCAAACUAUCUAUUCGAAUACUCACCGUCUUCGCCCUACAAGCUGGCUCCCGUCCCACGUACCCAGUGGCUGACACCCGAGAUGGCCUCGUGGUCGGAUGCCGACAUCACAAGACUUCUGGAUGUUGCUGAGGGCGCCCUUCGCGAUUGCGUCAACAACUUGAACCUGCCGGCCAUGAUCAUGCGCAAGGAUCGCGCCGUGGGAAUCAUUCCCAAAGAACCAGGAACUCGGAUCGCCCGUGAGAGCCUCGAAGAGACUGUCCUGGUUGUCCAGCGCAUUCUCGAGCUCAGCAGUCUUGGCUCCAGCGAAGAGCGUCCGAUCAAGCACCGCCCCAACUCCCCACCAAUCCCGCCUUCAGUAGCAAGCCAAUCACGCCGUGUGCCGUUCUGUGCUUUCAACGGUGGAAACGACGUGUUUGUCGACAUUGGAGAUAAGAGCUGGGGUGUGACUGUUUGCCAGCAGUGGUUCGGAAGUAAAGACACUGGUGGCGCUAUCCGCGGAGAGAAUACGCUGCACGUGGGCGAUCAGUUCUUGAGUGCCGGCUCCAAUGACUUCAAGGCGCGAAGCGUUGGCACAACAGCUUGGAUUGCCAGUCCAGCUGAAACAGUGGAGCUACUUGAUGAGUUGGCUGAUCUGAUGCAGAAGAAGCUGUCUUGA